AUGUCUUGUGAAGCUGUACGGAAGCGGGUGGUCGGCUCGAUUCCGCAUCCAGUUCUGAAUUAUUCGAUAGCUUUUGCAAAGGAUGUGCACAAGGCUUACGAAUUCCUGGAGCUCGGCCUGGCCGCCACCUACAGUCCCGAGAAUCACUACUGCUUCUCGAUCGACUCGAAGGCGGAUCGGGAAUUCAUUCAGCACUUCCGGAUGCUGGCCACCUGCCUACCGAAUGUGUAUUUAGCACCAGAGCGCCACAACAUGAACUCGGCGGGUGGUUUCGUGAAUCGGGCCCACCUCGACUGUCUCGAGAUUCUCAUCGAGCAGCCGAAUUGGGAAUACGCCGUUUUGCAACAAGUAAGUGACCUACGAUCUCGUGGCCCACUCGAACGAGGAGCUGAUGAACAUGUUCAAGGGAAUCGAAUAGAAUACUCGUUGAACUGGACGGUGGAGGAGUUGAAUUUCUUCCCGAAAAAUUUCUCCUUCGGCCCAGCGCCUAAACAAAAAAGCCGUAUCGACUUCGCCAAGGGCUAUGUCCAGGCCUCCCUCUCCCGGGCAGCAGUCCAUUGGAUGACGCGCGAGGUGAACUUGACGAAAUUCGUCGAGCAGCUCAACUUUUUGAAUCACAAGGGCUACGGCGUCGACGAGCAGUUCAUCGCGACGCUGAUCAACUCGGAUACGUUGGGGAUGCCGGGCGGGUUUCAUCACAGAUGUAUUAAGAAGGGGAUUCUGACGUUUAUGACGAGAUACACAAAAUGGAGCAAACCCUGCGGGACAAAUCGGAUGCGCGCCAAUCAGUGCGUCUGGGGCGUCGAGGAUUUGGUGGCGCUCAGGAACAUCUCCCGCCGUUUCGUCAUGGUCAACAAGUUCUUGCCCGAUUUCGAUUUUGCCGGCAUUUCGUGUAUGGCGGAAAGUAUCUGGAAUCGAACCCAUUAUGGUGCGGAUCCGAUUGAUGAGGAGAAGCUGGGAAAACAUGGAAUUAAAUACUACAACGAGGUGCUAAAACAGCAGCCAGGAUUCGACGCGGAAACGUUUGACUGCAAUGUGACGUUUCCGAAA